GGACACCACCUGAUUCACCUCCUUCUUCUCCUUUUCCAAGGCUUCAAGUCGCCAAGUCCAAGUUGAUCCUUAUCACGUCCUUUCUCCCUUUGUGGUCUUCCUACGUCUUCCUCUCCCUCUCUCUCUCUCUUUUGACAGUGGGUGUGUAGGGUGUGUGGGUGCCUCUCUGUCUCUUGGAGCUCUUUUGGUGUUCCCCCUUGGUCCCUUGUUCCCUUGUGUGUGUGUGUGUGUGUAGUUGUUACCCACUAGCAUCCAGCUGUGGGCAGUUAGGAAGUUGAGCAACCUUUAAGGCUGAAAAGGCCGUCGUCCUCUUCUUUGAAGAUUGUCUGGCAGCAGUGUUUCCAUCCUUGAUCAUCCAGGGAGUGGAUCAUGGUUUGAGAUUGGUGGUAGACCCACAUCAUCAUAUCUGUUGGAACGGGUUUCUUCUACGUUCCAUUGAGUGUGUUCCAGUGUACCAUCCAGUGUGUGGUAGAUUGGCCUAGAGGCUCCGGUGGGCGUGAUCCGUGGUUAGAAAUGUCGGGGGCGGGUAUCAUCUCAACCGACGGCACGAAGACCAAAACCAAACGGUUUAAGGUCAAGCAUCCCAAGCGCAAACUGUACAGAUCUUCCGAGCCUUUGCUAUCCGUGUUCAUGUGGGGCAUCAAUCACACGGUCAAGGAAUUGGAACACGUGUCCAUUCCGGUCAUGCUCAUGCCCGACGACUUCCGCGCUUUCUCCAAGGUCAAAGUGGACAACCAGGCCUUCAACAAAGAGAAUCUGCCCUCACACUUCAAGGUCAAGGAUUAUUGUCCUUUGGUGUUUCGGAAUCUCCGUGAACGAUUUGGGAUCGACGAUCAAGAUUACUUACGCUCGAUGACCAAAGACAGUCCUAAACCCAUGGACUCGCCGGGACGAUCCGGAGCCAAAUUCUAUGCCUCUCACGACAAAUUAUUUGUGAUCAAAACCCUGACAUCCGAGGAGGUGGAACAAAUGCACUCCUUGCUCAAGCAAUACCACCCUUUCAUCGUCGAGCGACACGGAAAAACCCUCUUGCCACAGUACUUGGGAAUGUAUCGGAUCACGGUGGACAACAAUGAAUGCUACAUGGUGGUCAUGCGGAACAUCUUCUCCAGCCAUCUCAACAUCCACAAGAAGUACGACCUCAAGGGCUCCACCAUCGACCGCGAGGCUUCGCAGAAGGAGCGCGAGAAAGAUAACCCCACCUUCAAGGACAACGACUUCAUCAACGACGGUGUCAAGAUCCACAUCGGCGACGAGGCCAAACAGAAACUCAUGGAGACCCUGGCGGCGGACGUGGAGUUCCUGGCCAAGCUCCAUAUCAUGGACUACUCGCUCCUCCUCGGCGUCCAUGAUUGCGAAGAGGCCGAACGCGAGGCCGCCGAGCGGGGCACCGUUGAUCUGGAUGGCGUGGACGAGGAAGUGGGCGACGAAGAGUACGACUCGGGCGGCUCGGGCGUGGCCCUCACCCCGCCCGACUCGCCACAAGCGCCUUCCCGCAGCCAGUCAGUCAACGGAGCCAGCCGCAUCGACCCGGAAAAGGACAUCUACGCCAUUCCAUCGCGCUCCACCUCGCAAAGUCGGGAGAUCUACUUCCUGGCCCUAGUCGACGUCCUCACUCACUAUGGCGUGAAGAAACAGGCGGCCAAAGUGGCCAAGACCGUCAAAUAUGGCGCCGGGGUGGACGGCAUCUCCACUGCCGAGCCCGACCAAUACUCGUCCCGAUUCCUGGAGUUCAUCAGCAAGGCCAUCGAGUAGUGGAACUAACAAAAUGAAAACCGAGGCUUACCUGCCCUCUUUGGGUCAAGCAAGUCGGGGAAGAAGGUCGGUGGUUGGGUGGGGGGUCGACCUGGCACUCUGGCACUCUUGAUAUUCUUCCCUGUCUUGCUCGUUGUCCUUACUUCCUUUCAGAAUCCCGCUUUGCCCUAUGAAUAAACUCUUCGGCCACGCACUCCAUAUUCAUCUUGACCAAAACCGAUACUUUUGUGGGAAACACUCUCAAAGCCCCAAUUAAUCAUUCAUCUAAUCACCAAACAUUCAAUCAAUUAAUAUUGAAAGGGUUUGUGUAUCUACUACAAUAAUAAAUAACGCUUCAAUCCAGUGCCCCGUUUGGGGCAGUUCCAAGCGGUUCCAGCUUGCCAUUGAAACGCCCACAGCAAAUCUCGAGGGCGGACGUUCCUUUGCUUGACCAUUAGACCCCGGCCCCGGCCCUCUCUGCCCCUCGAAUUCCUUCCAGUCGACCCUUAAAACAGACUUGUUGGGGAUUAGCAACACUGGAGAAGCUGGUGAACAUGAAAUCCCCCUGAAAACUGCCGCAAUUGCUCUUUGUUGUUCGAAGUUUUAAAAGCCAAAUUCUCGAUAAUUCCCGCAAUCAAAAUCCAUGCAUCCGUCAGUGCAAAACGAAAAUGAUAAAAAACAAACGCCAAAUCCAGAAUAUUUUGGGGAGCCUCUAAAACAGUGUAGUCGAAAAUUGACCUUUGCUGUUCCACUUGCACCACCAGGUAGGCGGAAUAAGCACGGGUCAGAGGACCCGUGAGAGUAGAAUGGCAUCGAUCGGCAUUACCUCUUGAAUUUGUGCCCUCCCUCUUCAAUAAUUUUGCUUUCUUCCGAAACACCCGCUUCCCUGUCAAUAAUUCUACCCUCAGUUAACCCGUAUGAUAUUCGCCCAACCAGUCAUCAGUUACGGAGAUGUCAAAUUAUGGAACCGUGUUAUGUUGUGUUUGUAUUUGCAAUUUACCCUACUAUUACGUGUAACAUAGAUUAAAUGAAUUAAAUAAUUCUGAGAAGCACCUUCA